AUGAACGGCGUCAGCAGAACAUCUCCGUGCAAAACAAUCGUCUCAGCAGCACCAAUACCCGAGGCAGCAAUAUAUAAAACCAACAUCGUUAGCAAGACGAGUGUCAAACGAACCACUGAAAUGAUUAAACGACCUGAACGACGCAGUAAAAGCAACAACAAACUAAAUGACAAGCAACUACUGCUAAUGGCAAAAAGUCAGUUUUCUGGUCCUCCAAUAACAACAGAACAUCCAAUUGCAGCUCUAUCAGCUCCUAGUGCAAAAUCUUUCAUCCACUUUAAGAAGGGUGAAAUCAUCUAUCCAGCUGAAAAAUCACAAAUGAAACAUCAACCACCUUACGCUAAUACUCAGCAGAAUCAACAGCAACGGCAGCAGCAGCAACAACAGCAUCAGCAGCAGCAACUACAGCAACAAGAACAGCCACCAAAUCCUGAUGGCCAAUUCGAACUAAACCCAAUGAGACCACCCAUCGUUCGUCUGACGCAACAAUCUACGGAAGGGACGGGCGGUUCCUAA